AUGCGAGCUUGUAUCUUCUUCCUUUUCUUGCAAAAUAAAGUGUGCUUUAUGGCAAUCAUCAAUGAGAGAAAGAAUAUCGUAAAAUUAAAGGAGAUGGAUUUUAUUUCGAAGGGAUUUAAAAGGGAUGAAAAAUUUUUAAAAGCUUGGGAAAUUAGAAAUUUUACACCAAAAAAUUACACCGUAAAAAAAGCUUUCGCUGCAUCGAAAAGCUUUGCUUGA